GCCGGCAGGUUGCAGUUGGUGGUUCCGCCAUCAGAUUCCGCUCGGGCGCUGGCGGCGGCCGUUGUUGUAAUUGAGGCGAAGGGAAGGGAAAGGCCGGCGGUUAGUCGGUGGGUGGGGCCGUCGGCGCCGCGAGUUGCCCCUUCGCUUUUGGGCUCGCGACUGGGCUGAGAGGGGCCACGAACCGGUCGGAGCCGAGCCAGCCUCCAUGGAGCUCUUGCUGCUGCCGCCGCAGCCGCAGCCGCUCGUCCGGGGCCGGGGAGCGUCCGUGGAGGCUGCGUGCGAAGUUGGGCUCCUCCGCGUCAGCGCCCAGCUGCAAGCCUGAGGGUGACCGUCGGCAGCGAAGCCUCCGGGCCGAGUCGCAGCAGCCCUGGUGGCGGCGUUUGGCGUUCCUUCCUUUGCUGUGCCUCGAGCAGGGCGACGACGCUACCUAACCACCACCUUCCCGUAGUACUUCUCUUCUGUUGGACUGUCGGUGACACCUUUCCCUUUUGGCCGGCGCUGGAGAAGGAGAGCCCCGCUAGAGCGGCCGGCGCCACUGGCCGUGCUUCCUUGCUUCUUUCGUCGCCGUCUUGACUGUAAUUCAGAGGAAGCCCCAGGAGAGGCGCGCAGGCUGGCAGGCCCAACGCGGCGCCCCUUAAGAAAUCCGGAGUGAAGGGCUGUUUGGCCUCUUGAGGUUCAUCUUCUGCUUAAAGCGUUCGGAUACGUGUCACCCCCACCCCCCAAAUAAGCUGUUUCCGUCGUCUGUCUUCCAGCAGUUGUAUUGCUUAGACUAUAUCGGCUUCUUCGCUCUGAUUCGUUUGCACCGUUUAAAUAGAGAGUGUUUCUUUCUGUCACUCUCUUUUGCCCUUCUCCAGUGUAAUUUUAAGCUUCCUCAGUAAUCUUAAAUGGUUGAAUGGAUGCAAAGGGCCAAACAUCCAGAAUUUCUUAAUUGCCUUUUCUUGCGGUUACAACUCAUUUUGACACUGGCAUGGAAUAACAUGCAUUUACGCACACGAUAGACAUAACUAUUUUAUUCAGGAAUAUUUUUGGAGGUAAUAAUUUUUAGGGCUGAAAAUGAUCUUAAAGUGGGCUUUGCCUUACUGGAACUGUUUGUCCUCUGUGCCCAUUUUGGUGCUGUUUAACUGUUAUGCUCUUCUAGCUAGUGCAGAUAAUACCAACCAAGCAUAUUAUACAGCUCUCAUAAAUGUGACUGUAUUGAAUCCAGAUCGUUCAACACCUACUUUGCUAAUACUUGAGCGUGGACGCUAUGGACAAGAUUCUCCCAAAGUAGCUGUUAAAGGCCUGCUUCUGGCACCUUUACCAAUCAAUGGAGUUGCAGAUCGCUUAGGCUGUGAUCCACGAACAAGGUUUCAGGUUCCUCCAAACACCAAACAAUGGAUUGCUCUGUUGCAGCGAGGAAAUUGCACCUUUAGACAAAAAAUACUGCGGGCAGCUUUACACAAUGCUUCAGCUGUGGUAAUUUACAACAAUGUAUCUGGUGAAGAGGCAGUCACUAUGACUCAUCAAGGAACUGGAGACAUUGUCACUGUCAUGAUCACAGAAUUGAAGGUUAAGGAGAUCUUGAAUUACUUAGAAAAAAAUAUGUCUGUCCUGAUUGCAAUAGCAGUUGGAACCCGCUAUCAAAACAAAAACUUGAGCCGUAGCUCUCUUGUCUUCGUAUCAAUAUCAUUUAUAGUUUUGAUGAUAAUUUCUUCAGCAUGGCUAAUAUUUUAUUUCAUCCAGAAGAUCAGAUAUACAAAUGCACGUGAUCGAAACCAGCGCCGUCUUGGAGAUGCUGCCAAGAAAGCUGUUGGUAAACUGACAACAAGGACUGUAAAGAAAGGUGAUAAGGAAACAGACCCAGACUUUGAUCAUUGUGCUGUCUGUAUUGAAAGUUACAAGCAGAAUGAUGUUGUCCGCAUUCUACCAUGCAAGCAUGUUUUCCACAAAACCUGUGUAGAUCCAUGGCUCAGUGAACACUGCACUUGCCCUAUGUGUAAACUGAACAUUUUGAAGGCCCUGGGAAUUGUGACAAAUGUGCCAUGUGCUGACAAUAUGGCCUUUGACAUGGAAAGGCUCACCAGAGGCCAACUAGGCAACAGGAGAUCAGUACUUGGUGAUCUUAGCAGUGAUAGCUCGCUCACUCUGGAGCCUUUGCGUACUUCUGGAAUUUCACAAUUUCCACAAGAUGGGGAGUUGACUCCAAGGACAGGAGAGAUCAACAUUGCUGUGACUAAAGAAUGGUUUAUUAUUGCCAGCUUUGGCCUCCUGAGUGCCCUGACACUCUGCUACAUGAUCAUCAAAGCCACUGCUAGCUUAAAUGCUAAUGAAGCUGAAUGGUAUUGAAGAAACAGUCCUACCAACUGCUUCGGAGAGAACACAACUUUUUUAUGUAUAAUAUACUGAUCAUGUUACUUGAGCAUAUGCUUAGCGCUAUUUUCAUAAUUUGCUAAUGCCAAAGCUUUGUAUUAAGAGAAGGAUCAAUAAAAAUUUAGUUAUAAAAA